GACAGACCAAAAACAACCCCCAAGACCCAGCGCUUCCUCAAGAGUCUGCGUAACACCAUGGAGACGUUCUUUGGAAUAUGUGCCAGGUCCAGUUUUGGAGCCCUUGCAGACAGACUGGGUGCCACUGCCAUGCAAAGACGACACAGCAGCAACACCGAUGGCAUGCCGCCAGAGAGGACCAGGAGCCAAACACUAGGCUCUGAAAGCAGCCUGGAUGAAGGUGGAGUGUUUGACUGCCUCAAGCCAGACUCCCCCACCACCUCUCAGCAGCUCUUCUCCGGCCUGGUCGGGGUGUCCACCGCAGCCGUGACCUCGGCCCCCUUCCAGGCCGCCGGGCUGGUCUUGGGCUCGCACCCCGAUGUCUUCAUCCAGAUGACCACCUCCUCGUCCAGGGAGGAAGUGGGUUCUUCUCACCGUGGCGAGAGCCAGCCCUUCCUGCCCCGCCAGGCCCUGCACCAUCACCACCACCACCACCACCCGCACUUCCACCAGAGCCGGUCAUCGCUGUUGCACCACUCGUCUUCGAACUCCUCUGAGCGCCACAGCAGCCGGGAGGAGGGGAGCGAGGACCCCUCCACCCCUGCGCCCGCCCUCUCCGAGCUCAAGGCCGUGGUCAGCUGGCUACAGAGGGGCAUCCCCUUCAUACUCAUCCUGCUCGUCAAAGUCUGUUUCCAGCACAAGCUAGGUAUUGCUGUGUGUAUUGGAAUGGCAAGCACUUUUGCCUUUGCCAACUCUGCAUUCAAACAUCAGGUGUCUUUACGGGAAGAGCGGUCUGUCUUUGUGACCUUGUGGAUCAUGGUUUUCCUGACGGGGAAUGUUGCCUAUCUGUAUUACACCUUUAGUUCAGAAGAACUCUACAACAGCCUUAUAUUUGCAAAGCCAAAUAUCAACCGUUUCGACUUCUUCGAUCUCAUUUGGGUUGUUGGCAUCACAGACUUUGUAUUGAAGUACGUCACCAUUGGACUGAAAUGCAUCAUUUUGUUUCUACCCAAACUCCUCCUGGCUUUCAAAUCCAGGGGAAAGUUCUACUUGGUGAUUGAGGAGCUGAGUCAGCUGUUGCGAGCCCUGGUGCCCAUCCAGCUGUGGUACAAGUACAUCAUGGGGGAGGACCCCUCCACCAGCUACUUCCUAGGGGCCGUGCUCAUCAUCAUCUACAGCCUCUGCAAGUCCUUUGACGUCUGUGGGAGAAUAUCCGGCAUCCGUAAAGCUUUGGUCAUCCUCUGUGGCUCACAGAGCUACGGCAUGCGGGCCAGCAGUCAGCAGUGCAGUGAGGCAGGAGACGUGUGUGCCAUCUGCCAGUCUGACUUCAGAGACCCCGUGGCUCUGCUCUGCCAGCAUGUCUUCUGCGAUGACUGCCUGUGCCAGUGGUUCGAUAGAGAGCGCACGUGCCCGCUCUGCCGCUCUUCCGUCAUCGAGACGGUGCGCUGCUGGAAGGAUGGCACGACCUCGGCACAUUUUCAGAUCUAUUAGCCUCCUCUAAUCAUUCCUGGGGUGGGGGGUCGCGCACAUAACCAUGCCAAUUUCGACAGUCAGUAGAAGGUCCCCACCCACACAAGUUACGGCACUUCUGACUACCCAGACAGUAAGUUUUAGUCACUGAUUGAAAUCGAUGUGCAGUUGGCUGAUAUCAGUACAGAGUGAGGAACAAGAAACCUUUAACUUCUACAGUGAAAAUGGUUACACUGUAUUUUUUGUGGGGAAAAAGUUUGCAUACUCCUUUUGGAUUUUUUUGCUUCUUUAAGUUAUUUUUUUCUUUUUAUUCAUUCACUGGCAAGCAUGAUAACGUUUCGACGUCUCGGUUCGGAGGAGGAAGACAGAGAGGUUGAAACGUCAUCAUGCUUGCCAGUGAAUGAAUAAAAAGAAAAAAAUAACUUAAAGAAGAAAAAAUCCAAAAAGGAGUGUGCAAACCUUUUUUCCACAAAACGUUACUUUUUUGUUCAGCACCAGAGGUUGUGCCCAAGUAACUAUAAGUGAAUGGUUAUACUGUAACCACCAGUUACAUUAUACCAGUCUGUCAUACUACUCUCUGCAUAAUGUGCAUAUUACUGUACACAUUAAUUGCAUUGUUGCACAGAAAUGUUGUGUUUGUAACUCGUUCAAAAAGUGGAAAACGUGAACACGUUAUGUGAAUGUUAUCAGUACUUUUAUUUAAAAGCAUCAUUGUCUAUGAUUUCAGCUACUCUAAACAUUGUAAAUAAUAAAAAUGGCAGGUAUCAAGUGUAA